GACCAUCUCUGCAGCUAGCCGCUCUGUCAACAGGAGAACAACAAGCAGCGGCUUUUCUCUGCUAACAGCUGCACUAAAGGAAGAGUUACCUUCUGGGUUAAACUAACAGCUAGAGAAGCGGCCAGAACAACCAGCUGGGGUGAAACCUGAAGCCGUCCCGAUGGAGAAAUAAAGCCCACUCAAUGAUGGAACCCCAGAGGAAGAGCUCUGGCGAUGACGACGGAGGGGAGCGGGGUCUCCUCCACUGCUGGAGGGGCUAUUCCUACAGCAUGGUCCCAGAGAGGCUGCUCCUCCCGCGCCCGGUGCUUCAGGUCGCCCUUGGAGCGCAGCAUGGAGUUCUGCUGGUGGAAGGAGGACAGGUGUAUAGUUUUGGGGAGUUGCCCUGGAAACAGACUCAGGUGUUACAGACGACAAAGCCAACCCUGGAGAACGCACUCAGCGGGCAGCGGGUGGUCGCUGUUGCAGCCGGGAGCUUCCACAGUGGAGCGGUGACAGAGGAUGGCAGUGUCCACAUGUGGGGGGACAAUGGAGCAGGCCAGUGUGGCCUGUCGGGCCUUAGCUGUGUGCCCAACCCGACACCGGUGGCCCUUCCGGACACUGGCGGCGCCCAGACGGUACCGGUCCUGGAGCUAGCCUGCGGGGAGAAGCACAGCUUGGCGCUGUCAGUGCAGAGGGAGGUGUGGGCGUGGGGCAGUGGGUGCCAGCUGGGCCUGAACGCAACCGUCUUCCCCGUGUGGAAACCUCAGAAGGUGGAGCAGCUGGCUGGCAGGUACGUGCUGCAGGUGGCCUGCGGGGCCUCACACAGCCUGGCUCUGGUGCGCUGCCUGGGUCCUGAGGGUGUCCAGCGGCCGCCUGUGGACAAAUGUAACCAAUGUAACCAGCUGCUUUACACCAUGACAGACAAGGAGGACCACGUCAUCAUCUCCGACAGCCACUACUGCCCAAUGGGAGUGGAGGCGAAAGAGGAAACCGCACCCACCCAAACCUUGAAAACAUCCCCAUCUGAACCCAUCCUGCCCUCCCACAGCAGCUCCACUUCAACCCCAGCAGCUCCCACCUCUGAUCCCACCCUAGAUCCUGUCUCUGGCCCCCAGGACUCACAAAAAGCACGCCUUACUAACGGAGUGCAACCACCCCCUGACUCUGACAACCCAGUUCCUCCUAAAGCUGCUGCUUCCUCAGUUGUUAAAAGCUCCCCUUAUCCUGACGAGCAGGAGGUGAAGGAGUACCUGAGGAAGCUGUCGGAUACAUCCCAGGCGGAAGCCAAGAUGGCUGCAGGAGGUCUGCACGCCCUGCAGCCGUCAUCGUCAGGACGCGGCUCCUCUGCCCUCAACAGCCUGGUGUCCUCCUGCGCCUCAGCGGUGGGCGAGCGCGUCGCCUCCACCUACGAGGCCCUGUCCCUGAAAAGGAUGAUGAACUUCUACCUGCCGUCGCGGCUGGAGGUGCUCGGCGGGGCGGCCGACAACACGGCCGAGAGGGUCCGCAGGGAGGAGUCGGUCCAGGCUAAGAAGAGCUCCAGCACAGGGGACAUCCAUGAGGAGGAGGCGGAGGGUCUGCGGCGCCGCCUCUCGCUGCCGGGACUCCUCUCUCAGGGUAGAUACGCUGUUCACCUCUUAUCCUCCUCGUAUGGCCUGCUGCUGUCGCCGAGGCUGUUGAGGAAAAUGGGACGCUCCAAAACGCGGGCCUUCGCCCUCACCCCGAUGGGAGGGGUCGCCCCCGAGGACCAGGAAGUGUUCCCCACCUUGCAGACGGAAGUGUGGAGCUGGGGACACGGCGAGCACGGGGAGCUUGGACAUGGAGACAACCUGGCAAGACUGCAGCCGCUCUGCAUCAAGAGCCUGAACAAGAAGAAGGUGAUCCGUGUGGCAGCCGGCGCUCAUCAUUCAAUCGCUGUGACGGCUCAGUCUCAGGUGUAUUCAUGGGGCAGUAACCUCUCCGGUCAACUCGGACACAUGGAGACACCCAGCUCCGUUCCACGUCUCGCAAAGCUGUCGGAGGGGAUCCGGGUGUGGGAUGCUAGCGCUGGAGAGAGACACACUCUCCUGCUGGCUGACGGAGACUGCAUCCAGCCCAUCAUUUACUACAGCGGGCAGCAGGUGAAGGAAGGCGAGGAGGGAGGAGUAAUGGAAGAGGAGAAGGAGGAGGAGGAUGAAGAGGAGCGGGCAGGAGGCUACACCCAGCAGGCUGUCCUGCUUCCUUUCUGCAUGAACUUCGGCUAUGUGAGCAGUGUAGUCGCAGGCGGUCGCAGGUGUGUGGCGCUCUCCGACCGGAACAUAAUGGGCUUCAUUGCCAGCCUCCACGAGUUGGCAUCAGCGGAGAGGAAGUUCUACUGCAAGCUCUGCGAAGUUAAGUCACAUGUUAUACGCCCCCUGCUGGAGCUAGAGUCCCUGACUUCAGUGCUUGGGCCGGUGGCCACCGAUUUACUGCAGACGCUGGCAGGCAGAUUCAGCCUGCUUGAUCAUCUGACAGGGCAGCACUCCGUCAGUCUCACCGGCAAUGUGCGACGCGGCCGUGAUGUGAAGAGCCUUCUCAUCCUGGAGCACGCCGGCAUCUUCCUAGACUUGUACAAUGAUUACUGCUCAGCUGUGGGCAGCUUCUAUGUGAUGGGUGGUUUCCAUGCUCUGACAAAACCGUCCUUGGACAUCUUUGGGAAAAGUCCCGAGCUACUGCAGAGGCUGUCGGAGUGCAGUGAGGAAAACCCCGCCACUGCUGACCUCCUGGUGGCGCUCUUCUACCUUCCAACCCAACACCUACAUGAAUAUGGUCGGCUGCUGCUCAAACUUGCCACCUGCUUUGAAGUGAGCUCCAGCGACUACCAGAAGCUGCAGGACAGCUGUUCCAGGUUUGAAGCUUGGACCUUGCAGCUGAAGAGAAAAAGAAAAGAGGCUGAGUACACCUUCCACUUCUGGAAGAGCUUUCCAGGGAAAAUGACGGAUUCCUUGAGGAAGCCUCACCGCCGACUGAUCUACGAGAGCAGCAACAAAUCCCUGACGGUGCAGAAUGCCGGCAGGUUUUCCGUAAAUUGGUUCAUACUCUUCAACGACUCCCUGGUGCACGCACAGGGUGUGGCGCCUUGUAAAAACCUUUUCUCCACCCAUCACAUCUUCGCGCUGGCCACGCUGUGGGUGGAGCCGUCACCAGAGGAUGAUUCUGGGCUACACGGUUUGAAGGUGGUCACGCCUGAGGAGACCUUAACCCUGCUGGCCUCGUCUUCUGCUGAGAAGUCUAAGUGGCUCCGCGCCAUCAACCAGGCCGUGGAUCAAGCUCUGAGCGGGGUAAGGCAGGACACUGGCAGCUCAGGGUCAAAGUCCGAGCCUCCGAUCUCCAGGACUGCUUCGUACACAUUCUAUAAAGACGUACGGCUGAAGGAUGCGACGUAUGAGGGCUAUUGGCUGGCUGGCAAGCCUCACGGCAGAGGUAUUUUAAAAUGGCCUGAUGGCAGGAUUUACACCGGAUCAUUCCAGAACGGGCUGGAGGAUGGCUUUGGGGAGUUUGUUGCCCCCAAUAAGACGCUGAACAAAGAUGAUUUCUAUCAAGGUUAUUGGAAAGAAGGGAAGAUGCAUGGCUUUGGGACGUACCGGUAUGCAAGCGGCGAAGUUUACGACGGCUCCUUCCAGGAUGGCAUGCGACAAGGUCAUGGGAUGGUGCGCAGUGGAAAGCACAACACCUCCUCUCCCAGUGUCUUCAUCGGACAGUGGCAACAAGACAAGAAAACAGGCUACGGAGUCUUUGAUGAUAUCACAAAAGGGGAGAAGUACAUGGGAAUGUGGCAAGACCACCAACGGCAGGGCAUGGGUGUAGUUGUCACCCAGUUUGGUCUGUACUAUGAAGGAGUCUUUAAAGACAACAAGAUGAUGGGUACGGGAAUCCUUGUGUCUGAGGACGACACAACCUACGAGGGGGAGUUCUCCGAUGAAUGGACCCUCAGUGGAAAGGGCAUACUCACCAUGCCAAAUGGUGACUACCUAGAGGGCUCCUUUAGUGGUGAGUGGGGGGCUGGUCUCAAAGUGACAGGCUCCUACUUCAAGCCAAACCUGUUUGACGCUGAAAAGGACAAGAACCGGUCAGUGAAGCUGGGCCGUCUGAGGGUGAGAGCGGAGGAAAAGUGGCAGGCAGUGUUCAAGGAGUGUUGGAGUCAGCUGGGCUGCGAGGCACCAGGUCAGGGGGAACACUGGAAGGCCUGGGAGAAUAUUGCUGUGGCCCUGACCUCCAACAGGCAGCAGAUUCAAGACAGUCCAGAAAUAUUGUCUCGGAGUCACAGUAAAGCUCUAGAGAGUCUGGAGGUCAUCCCCCAGCAUGAAGGGCCUAUCACAAUAGAGAGAUAUCACAGCAUCCGACUAUACCUAAUUAAUGCGUGUGACACCCCCCUCCAUCCACUGGGCCGGCUGGUGGAGACCCUGGUGGCAGUAUAUAGGAUGACCUAUGUUGGUGUCGGAGCAAACCGUCGGCUGCUGCCUCAGGCAGUUGACGAGAUAAAGUCUUACCUCGGCCGCAUCUUCCAGAUUGUGAGGUUUCUCUUCCCUGACUUGCCAGAGGAGGGUGGUCUUAUACCUGAGCCAACAGAAAGUCCUCCAGACAGUAAGCAGGAGGCCUCUACUGACACCCGUGCAGAGUCACCCAAACCAGGCCGUGUGGUGAGCAGCUCGGCUCUGCUGCUGCCCGUCCUGCUGCCUCGCCUCUACCCACCUCUCUUCACCCUCUACGCUCUGGAGAAGGAGAAGGAGGAUGACAUGUACUGGGAGUGUGUCCUGCGCCUCAACAAGCAGCCUGACCUCGCCCUGCUUGCCUUCCUGGGUGUCCAGCAAAAGUUUUGGCCUGUUUCUAUCCCAACCCCACUGCCUGCUCCAGGGGAGAAGCAGCCGGUCAUCUCAAGCACUAAAGAUGCCUGUUUUGCCUCUGCAGUGGAAACUCUGCAGCAGAUCAGUACAACAUUCACCCCUUCAGACAAGCUGCAGGUGAUCCAGCUCACCUUUGAGGAAAUCACACAGAAGGUGCAGUCGCUGCUGAAGCAGGACUUCCUGUGGUCCAUGGAUGAGCUCUUCCCCGUAUUCCUCUAUGUUGUGCUGCGUGCCCGAAUCCGAAACCUGGGUUCAGAGGUCAGCCUCAUUGAAGACUUGAUGGAUCCGUGUGUGCAGCACGGAGAGCACGGAAUCAUGUUCACUACCCUUAAGGCCUGCUACUACCAGAUCCAGCACGAGAAGAUCACAUAAAGCAGAGUCUCCACCUGGAUCUCCUCCUCCAUCCCUGCAGCAGAUGUUCACAGAGUCAGUAUGACUGCUCAGGAAGCAGAGGAUCCCAGCAGCUCCUUCAGCUGCUGGCAUGUAGAAAAGGAUCCCCUCAUCGGUGUUGACCUUUCACCUCUGAUCAAGAAGGGGCACAUCUUAAACGAUGAGCUACUCUUUCUAUCCUGAUCCAGGUGGAGUCAGGAAAUAUUAAGAAGUUUUAUAUCACCAACUGUGUUGGUUGUGUUGAAGGGAAAAAGACGUUGGAGUUGCAAGCAAGGAGAUGGGAUCUAAGCUUCUUUCCUGAUGCCUACAUAGAAGCUGCUAUGGUUUACACUUAGUGUCAUCAACUCUGUAAUGCACCACACUGUAGCGCCCUCUGGUGCAAUCACCAGGAGGUUAGUACAGAAACAGAACCGUCCGCAUGCUGUAAGACAUCUGUCCAGAUCUCGCAGAAACUAUUUCUAAGCAUGAUAUCAAUGAUCUUGCAGCUUGCAGAUGAACCAUUUUAAGGGUAGAAGAUUAAUUUAUGCAAAAACUGAAUCUAAUAAAUGAGGAUGUGGAAAAAAUAUAAAUCUUAACUGCUUUGACAACCUAAAAAAAUGUAGGGUUCUUUCGCUCAUUGAAACCUGGACUGGUACCAUAUUGUGAACAGUUUUGGGGGUUUGUCUGUGUCUUUCUGUUUGUUUUUUCUUGACAAUCUGAGCCUAAAUAUCAUAGAUGAUUGAAUAUUACCGGAACAGAUGCACAGGACUUUAAGCUCCUAACACUGUAAAAAUCGAAACCGUUUUAAUCUUAAUAACCAGUGGGUAUAAAAUAUGAAUUUUGUUAGUUGGUAAUUCCUGAAAGAUGUAUGAAGUAAUGUGUCAUUCAGACAGUGGGGUCAGUGCUGCAGAUGUAGUUUGAAUCUCUGCUUUGUCUGUUAAUACUGACCUUUCUCAUUGUUACUCAUGAUUUACGUCUAUUAAGGACGGCACUUUGGACAAAUAAAAAUCCCCCACGAGGUGAAGCUGUAAAACCUUGCAGAAACCUUUUAGAAGAUCAUAUUUUAAUGUAAUUUAUUUAAGUCAUUCCAACGGUUGUCUGUAUCUACAACGAUUAUUUACUCAAAUUGAAACUGCAUAUGACGACUGGCUGCCAAACUGACUGUACCUCAUGCUUUUGUUUGUAAAAACAAGAAGAUAACUGUAAAGUCAGCGUUUUUUGCUUUGAAAGAAAAUCUGCCCCAUUACAGAUAUAUUCAGUGUAUUUCUUUUUCGUCACUCUUAAAUAAAUUUGAUCAUUUCUGUAGAUUCAAUAAAUCUCUUUAUUAGAA